AUUUAGCACAGGCUCUCGUUUUACAAAGGUCGUCGCCAAUCGAAUCGUUCUCUUCAUCCAAUCCCUUCGUUUCGAAAGCUAUCAAUCCUCAAACUGGGGGUUUCCACUUUGCGUUGCGGCUUCGGGGAAUAAUCAGAAGGAAGAAAUGAGCCACGGCGAUGGGAAGGGCAACCAGGAUCUGCGGCAGGGGAAGGCAGGCGGAGGCACCGAAUGGGGGAUGCUUCUCUUCGGAUUACUUGGUACCACGUUCUCGGUUUAUCGGAUGUGGAGGACUAUUAAUUUGUUCUACACUCAGUUCAACAGAUCACAAUCAAGUUCAUCAUGGUGGAAGACAACUAAUAAUUCAAAUUUUGGAGGUUUUAGGGAUUCAGCUUGGAGAAGAUACAAUCGUAGAAUGGAGGAGGAAUAUGAGAAGGAAAAGGAGAGAGUGGAGCGUAUUAGGCGCAUGCAAAAUAUAUUUUAUAGAGAGAGAGAUAAAUAUAAGAGGAGCUAUGAGAAUUGGAGGCACAGUGGUGAAGGUGCACAUGAAUAUACUCGACAUGAUUAUUGGAAUCAUAAGACCGAUACAGAUACAUCUUAUGGAUAUCAAAGGACUCAUUACAAAAUCAGUUCUAGCCACAGUGGAAACAAUUCAAUGUCACACCAUUACUCAGUCUUGGGCCUUGACUGGUCUAGACCAGAACCAUAUUCGGAUGCUGAGAUUAAGAGAGCUUUCAGAGCAAAAGCAAUGAAGUACCACCCUGAUCAAAACCAAGAUAUUAGAGAAGCUGCUGAGGCAAAGUUUAAAGAACUGAUGACGUCCUACGAAGCUAUAAAGACGGAGAGGCAAAAUGGGAGUCCAAAGUGAGGUGCAAUUUCAAGCCAGUAAUGAUCAACACUCAAAAUUCUGGAGCGUGCUGGUUUUAUGCGCCAAUUCUUCUUUUCUGAAAAGUAAAAUUUAGAAGCUUAAAUCAGUCCCGAACAAAAAGAUACGUCCCUCUUUGGUAGAGGAGAGAAUGUUAUAAAGUUGAUUUGGCAAGUUUCUUUGCCUUAAAAAAGUAGAAGCGGUGGAUCUUGCAAAAGCAGUAGCCCUAUGAGACGCUCUAUUCACCUCCCUCUAAGUGUCGGUGAUUCGGAUGGCUCCAAAAUUCUUCAACAGUUUGUGUUUUUUUUUUUGGUCCUGUUUUAGUUGGUGUCUAAUCUUGAGAGCACAU